UUCAUCCAGGACCCCAAACAUUGUAAGCCGCAGUUGCUCAAAUAGCAUUAGCUAUCAUAUUUAAAAUUCAAAGGACACUUCGGAUUGAACAGGAAGUACCAGUAUGGCUAUGUCACCAGCUAUUACAACAUUAUGUGAGAAUUCAAAUGAAGUCUUUCUAGACGUCGCCAAGUUGCUACUUACAUAUGCGGACAAUAUUUUAAGGUAUCCCAAUGAAGAAAAGUACAGGUCGAUCCGCAUAGGCAAUCCUACUUUCUCCACCAAGCUGCUGCCCAUCAAAGGAGCUGUAGAAUGUCUCUUUGAGAUGGGAUUUGAGGAGGCUGAGACCCACUUGGUGUUCCCCAAGUCUGCAUCAGUAGAACAGCUGAAGCUCAUCAGGGAAUCCAUAGCAGCAGAGAGGGAUCAGAGGCUUCAGAGAGAACAGCCUGUCCAGCCCACUGCUCAUACCACUACUGCCUCAGCCUCAGCUGCAGCACCAGAGAGCUCUGCUGCUGCUUCCACCCAACCAGUUUCACCACCUCUGCUACAGCCACCAUCCUUGGAGAGCAGUAUGAGCUUCUUUGUGACUCUCCAGUCCAAACUUCCAACAUGUGAUGCUGUAUGAAAACCCUGCGCUGCAGCAGAAAGCUAAGAGUCACAUCCCUCACCAGCAGCUGUCCUCUGCUGCUCAACACAAGCUGAAGCAGGCUAAAGAGGCUGACCCCAGGUGAAGUCCCCUCAAUCAU